UUAAGUGAAGACGUGCGAAAAGAUAGCUUACUUAAAUUAACGCGCUUCUAGCAGACGACUAUUUUCAGUGAAAUUAAGAGUAAAUAUUAAAAACGCGCACGAUGAGCUGGCGUUUAGGCUGGCUCGUGUUCGCAGCUUUAGCUGUAUGGCAAGCGCAUGCAAAGCCAUUGAUACAAGAUGCCACCUUUUCAGAUGUUGACCUUGUCGCCGAAGACUCGCACGCCGAUACUGUCUACGUAGCAGCGCCGGCGCGCAGCAAACGCACACCACAACAUUUUGGUGGUAAUUGUGGCUUUAACGGUUGUGGUGGUCGAAACAUUUUCGGCACAAAUAACAGUCCCGCAUAUAACAGUUACGCUUAUGCGCCUUAUAAUAAUGUGGUGCAGACACCGGCAACGGUGGUGAAUCAUGUACAUCAACGUGACGGUCCACCGCCACCAAUUGUUCAACCACAACAACAAUAUCGCCCCACAAUGACAACUGCUGUUAUAGUAUCUCAUCAACAUCAACCAUCCACCGGCACUGUUGUGCAUCAUGAACAUCAACGUGACGGUCCACAGCCACCAGUAUCAUCAGCUUGGCUAGAUUAUUAUGAUUAUAAUUCGAAUGAAUAUUCGUCAGGUUUUCAUAACAAUCCACCACCAGGUUUCCACGGCGGCAAUCACUUUGGCCCACCUUAUGGAGCGCCACCUGGCUUUAAUAGACACCCUCCACAUUAUGGACCACCAGGUCAUGAACCUCCAGGCCAUGGACCUCCAAGUCACGGACCACAUGGACAUGGAUCACCAGUUCAUGGAUCUCCAGGCUAUUAUGGACAUCCACUUCCAGACCGUGUUGGCCCUCCAGGUCAUUAUGGUACUCCAGGUGAUUUUGGCCCACCCAAUUAUGAGGGACCACCAGAUUUUGACAAUAGUCCCCCACCUCCAGUUCCGUUUGCUGAACCGUGGCCCCCCCAAGAAACUUCACCAGCUCUUCCCCAACCAGCGAAAACACCGCCGCCAGCAGCACCUACUCAGGCGACGAUCGCUCCAGUUCCAAUAACUACACCGGCGCCGGUUUUGGUGACAGCGGCCCCAAUCACUUCGACUACAACAACCACAACGACCGCCGAACCAUUUUACGACAUUGAUAUUAGAUUUGGCAAUUAAGUAUGCCUAUUCUUAUUGUUGUAAAGAGCGGAAAACUAUACUCCAAUAACUGUGGAAACAAAAUUCGUACUAAAGCUAAAGUUUUUGGCAGUGAAUUUUGUUAGUUCCAAUUUUAAAAAUUAUUAAGAGUGUUGCAGAAAUUUGGCUACGCAAGAUUUGUAUUUCAGCUAAGGUUUUGUAUUUUAAUAUCAUUUUAAUAACUACCACUACAAUACUUGUUUAAUAUCCUUUUGUUCCAUCCUUCUCUGACAUGUAUCUGUGGACAAAAAUAGUAAGACUUUUUAAUUAAAAUUUCGCAAUGAAUUCGUCUUAAUAA